AUGUCUACGAACCAGAACCGCAAGGCCCCCGGCGCCGGCACCAAGGUCGACCUCGGUCGAAAUGCUCCCGUGACCGAAGAAGGCGCCGGCUAUGUCGCCCCUGAAUCACUCGCUGCCGAGUCGUCACAGAGUGGCGGCGAGUUCGGCGCCAACCGGCACGGCCAUCCCGACAGCACAUCUCCCAGCACCGCCCAGUCCGGCACAGGAUCGGGGCAUGAUAAGAGUCCCGCAGCCGGCGGGAACGCAGGCACCGCCCCUAGUUACGUCUCCAACCAAUACACUGGAGACUCCAGCGGGCCGCACGGCAAGAACCUCAAAGCUGGGGGCUUCGAUGACUCCAAGGUCAAGGACGGCCUCAAGAUGGCUCUCGAGUCAGACCCUGGUUCCAAGAACGACCCCAGCAGACUAGCAGAAGAACGUUUUGAGCUGCGUGACGCGGCGGGGCCCAGAGUCUCUGGGCACAAGGACACUGAGCUAUCGACGGCCACCAAAUAUGAUGGCCUUGAUCGAGAGACAGCUUUAUAA